AUGCCACCGCCGACACCAUCCUUCCCCGCCGCUUCUGCAGACCCCACCUCCGUCAUCCCUAGCCCGCAAUCCACCUCGCAGUCCUCGUCGCGCUCGCGCCUGCAGCAGCUAUCCGCCCACAUGUCUCCCGCAACCAGCUCCGUCUUCCACGCCGAUGUCGUGCCCAAAGCUCCCGAAGAUCCGCUCUUCGGCCUGAUGGCCGCCUACCGCGCGGAUAAUAACCCGCAGAAGGUCGACCUGGGCAUCGGCGCGUACCGCGACAACACGGCAAAGCCCUGGGUGCUGCCCGUCGUGAAGAAGGCCGACGAGAUCCUCCGCAAUGACCCCGAGCUCAACCACGAGUACCUGCCCAUCGCCGGCCUGCCGCAGUUCACCUCUGCCUCGCAGAAGCUGAUACUGGGCGCCGACAGCCCCGCCAUCGCGGAGAAGCGCGUCACCAGCCUGCAGACCAUUUCUGGCACUGGAGCCGUCCACUUGGGCGCUCUGUUCCUGGCCAGGUUCUACAAUAAGAAGGCAGACAAGACCGUCUACUUCUCGAACCCUACCUGGGCCAACCACAACCAGAUCUUCACCAAUGUCGCCUUCCCUGUAAAGACCUACCCCUACUUCUCAACCAAGACUCGCGGCCUCGACUUCGAUGGCAUGAUCUCCACCAUCAAGGAUGCGCCUGAUGGCAGCAUCAUCCUGCUUCACGCCUGUGCACACAACCCCACGGGUGUUGACCCUACCCAGGAGCAGUGGAAGACUAUCGCCGAAGUGAUUCGCUCCAAGAACCACUUCCCCUUCUUCGACUGCGCAUACCAGGGCUUCGCAUCCGGCGACCUGGCUAAGGACGGCUGGGCCAUCCGCUACUUCGUCGAGCAGGGCUUCGAGCUGGUCAUUGCACAGUCAUAUGCCAAGAACUUUGGUCUGUACGGCGAGCGUGCGGGUUGCUUCCACUUCGUCACGGCGCCCGGCUCCAACGCUAGCGAUGUCGUCGACCGCGUCGACUCGCAGCUCAAGAUCCUCCAGCGCUCCGAGAUCAGCAACCCGCCCAUCUAUGGUGCCAAGAUCGCCUCGACUGUCCUGAACGACCCCGCCCUCUUCGAGGAGUGGAAGGACAACCUGCGCACCAUGAGCGGCCGCAUCAUCGAUAUGCGCAAGGCGCUGCGCGCUAAGCUCGAGGAGCUCAAGACUCCCGGCACCUGGAACCAUAUCACUGAUCAGAUCGGCAUGUUCAGUUACACUGGCCUGACGGAGGCGCAGGUGCUGAAGAUCCGCGCCGACGCCCAUGUCUACAUGACCAAGAACGGCCGCAUUUCGAUGGCCGGCCUGAACACGAACAACGUGGACUACGUUGCUGCCGCCAUUGACAAGGUGGUGAGGGAAGCAUAG